AAUCGAAAGCUGGUUUUCCAACACUAAAAAGUCGAAGGCGAUAACAGUCAGACUCGACGGGGCAAUUAUGACAUGGUUAAAUGGCCGUUAAUGCUCAGCAUAUCGAGUCGUGGCAUAGGAUUUAACGUUGCAAUGACUGUGUACCAGGGAGUAUCGCAAUCUCAAACCCUAUGGACCCCGGAUAUCUACGCUCUAUAUCGCGUUAGCCUGGCCGCUUUUGAAGCCAAGUUACGGCGGGUGAAGGAGGCUUGUCCAACGAUUUGCCGAUAUAUGGAGCACGUUGCAUAUCUGAAAGUUGAUCCAAAAUUCGAAUCCGCAAGUCGUAGCAUUCAACUACCGGAACCGCUUAGAAAGGUGAUUAAUUACGUGGGCAUAUUGCAGGUUAAUGAUGUUACUUACCUACCGGUUUUUCCCGCCGAUAAAGUCGACUCCAAGGGGCACUUCAUCCCACGCGCCGAGAAUGUGAUCUACUCGAAUCUACGUAGAACCGUCGUAGCGUUGGCUUCGCCAGAAACUCCAUUGCCGUACAGGAUAAUCUUUGAGCAGGACAAUGCGAUUCCGGGAGCAAUUUGGAGCGAUCAUGUUCUGCUGAAUGCCGACGAGAUAAUUCCUGAAGCACAUUCGGCUGAUGAUCUCGACAGGGAUUACCGGGAUAUAACACCAUGGCUACAUACCUUGCAGACACUCGCUCCGAAACUCUUUUCUGGAAAUCUUACCCUCGACACAACUGGCAAUAAAGCCAUGUUUCUUUGUAAUUCCCAAAAUGGCCUACGAAUACCGCCUAGAAAUGGUGAUGAGGACAUUGAAGUAUAUGCCAGGCGCAUGAUGCCAAUUGGGAACAUAGCAUCAUUUUUUUAUUCUCCCGUUGAGUUGGUGGCAAAAGAACAGUUUGAGGGCAUCGCAUGCUUACUUGGAGAACGCACCCGAUACAAGGAUUUACUUUUACCACUCGGAGUACUUCGGCUUGAAGCGGCUUGCUCUUUUGUGAUUGAUCGGCUAGAUUAUCGAUUAGCCACUGAAUGGUCCUAUAGGCUUUCGUCUUAAGAAAACUAUAGAUGAUAAAGCUCCAGCUCUUGACAUUUAAUUGCCUUAAGUUAUUUUUUGAUCAUUUUUUUGUUCAUUAAAUGAUAUA